AGGGGAUUCCCACCCCUGACUUGGCCAACAGCCAGGGCCCCGCUUGGGUCCGAACCGGGGAGGCGUUUCCGGGGGGAAGACAAAAGGUGUUGCACCGCUUGGCUGUGGCUGCCGGAGAGGUCCCGGGAGCGCCACGUCUCGGGCAGGAGGGAGGGAAGGAGGUUCAAGCGCAGGCAGACAACUUUAAUAAUCUCCUGGAAUUUCUGAAUGUCCUGCGGACUGUGCUGAAUUGAGUUGCCUGCUCUAAAAUAACAGAUGAAAAGGGGUUAGCAUUGUGUGCCUGGUGGUAGCCGCACCGCCAAUGGAGAGAAAAAGGACUUGGUAAUUUACUUGGGAGUGAGUUAUUCAGCUGAUGAGAGAAUUCCCAGCGUCUUUGCCAUGGACUCAUCUGUUCUCCUGCUGGAGAAGCCAGCCAGCAGCGGAGCCCCUUGCAGUUCUGAACAGCUUGUGGACCUCGAGGCCAAGUUGGAUUCGCCCACAGAAGGAGAUGCCGCUGAGAGUGCUUGCACAAGUGACAGCAAGGUGCCAAUCGGAGAGAGUCUGGCACCGAAAAACAAGGAGAGCCCUUUCCAGAAUGGACCAGGAUCUACCUUUCCUGAUCUCCCUGUGUCUUUUGAUCUUGCCAGCGGUCCACGUGGGGAAGAGCCAGCUCCAGGUGUGCCUGGUUUCCAUGCCAACCUAGAGUCGCCUCGGGGAGCUAGUGCUGAGGGCAUAGUUCUUAGGAAGGAAGCGUUGCAGUCCCUCAAACUAAGCCUUCCCAUGCAAGAAACGGAAUUGUGUUCCUCCGAUUCUUCUCUCCCGUUGGAGAGGGAAGAACAGAUCAGGCUUCAGGCCAGAAGGCGCCUAGAAGAGCAGCUGAAACAGUACCGUGUGAAAAGGCAUCAGGAGAGAAAGCUGUCUAAAACCCGCCCCUCCAGUACACUCGAUCCUGAGUUAAUGUUAAACCCAGAAAUCUUGCCAAGGGCCAGCACUGUAGCUAUGACGAAAGAAUACUCCUUCUUGCGGACCAGUGUCCCACGGGGACCUAAACUGGGAAGCCUGGGCCUUCCAGUGCAGUCUAAAGACAGGAAGAGUUCCAGAUCUUCACGGUCAAGCAAGAUCCGAUCCCUGGCUGACUACAGAACCAAUGAUGCAGAGGGAAGCACAGGUGGGACAGGUCCAGCUGCUGAUUCGUCCAGUUCUUCUCUAAGGCAAAACAUAAACAGCCAGACUUCAGUUGUGUCUGAGAUCAGGCUGACCCCUGACCCAGAUGAUCGCCUGGAGAACUCCUCCUUGGCGGAAGAUAGUGUGUCGGAAAUUGACGGAAGUGAUGUGGGAAUGAGACUAGAUGGCAAUGAGAGCGAUAGUUCCACCUACAGCAGUGUCUCUGGCAGGAGUCCGCACAGCACUUUACUCAUCAUGGAAAGCAAGCCGGGCGUUUCGUUCACUGAAAACGGCCAGGAGAUUUCUUUGGACACCGUCGGACAGUUUCCUUCCAUCCGGGAAGUGUUACAGGCUGCUGCAUCAGAGCAUCAUAGCCAGGAACAGGAGCUAAAUGGGGAGGUGAGGAGCCGGAGAGACAGCCUCUCCAGUAGUAUAUCGAUGGAAAGCUCCAUUGCGGGCACACACGAUGAAAUGUUGCAGGUCCUCAAAGAGAAGAUGAGGCUGGAAGGCCAACUAGAAGCACUGUCGUUAGAAGCCAAUGAGGCUCUUAAAGAAAAGACGGAAUUGCAGACUCAGCUUGCCGCUUUGAACAUGAAGCUUCAGACCCAGAUGGAACACAGUCAAAGCAGCCAGCAGAAGCAGCACUCCCUGAACUUGGAGGUCGCCACUUUGAAACAGUCUUGCUGGGACCUGGAGCAAGCCAUGGUGGAGUUGCAGACCGCCUUGGAGGCCAAGAACGCCAGCCUGGCUGCCUCUAGCAAUGAUUUGCGUGUGGCUGAGGAGCAAUACCAAAGACUCAUGGGGAAAGUGGAGGACAUGCAGAAAAAUGUCCUUAGCAAGGAUAGCACAGUUCAAGACCUCCGACAACAGCUUUCCUAUUUGCAAAGCCAGCUCCAACAGGUGCAGUUGGACCGCACAACAUUAACCAACAAGCUGAAAUCGUCUCAAGCAGAGAUUGCUUCACUACAGAAAGUUCGGCAGUGGUACCAGCAGCAGUUGGCUGUGGCUCAGGAGGCGAGGGUUAGGCUGCAGAGUGAGAUGGCAAACAUACAGGCUGGGCAGAUGACCCAAGUGGGACUGCUGGAACACCUUAAGUUAGAGAAUGUAACGCUCUCUCAUCAGUUAACGGAGACUCAACACAGAUCCAUCAAAGAGAAGGAACGAAUAGCUUCCCAGCUGCAAAACAUCGAGGUUGACAUGUUAGACCAGGAAGCAGCCUUUCUGCAGAUCCAAGAGGCCAAGAGCAUGGUGGAAGAGGACCUGCAGAGAAAGCUGGAAGAGUUUGAGGAGGAGAAGGAACAACUACGGAAAAUGGCUGAUUCUGCAGCAACGUUGGAGCAGGAUCUAGAGCAGGUGAAAUUGACGCUGAAUCAGCGAGAUCUUCAGGUGGAGGCUCUGCAACAGGAGCAGCUGGAUCUCAUGAAGCAGCUGACUUCUGCUCAAGAGACGCUGCAGACCCGCAAGUAUGGAGGAGUCCCUGAGGUGACGCUGGGGUCAGAUGCUUAGUCACUGAUGGCGUCGGAGGCCUCGGCUGGCUGAGACCUGCAGGGGGAGGCCGCUGCUAAGGACGAGACCAUCCAGUUUUUGCAGAAUGAGAAGAUCGUCUUGGAGGUGGCCCUGCAGGUAGCGAAAGCAGGGAAAGAAGGCCUCAACGAAGGAGUCAAACAUUUAGGAGAAGGCGCCGAGGCAGCAUCGGACAUGUUGGAGCAACUGAAGCAGGAAAUAGCGAUAAAGUCAAGUCAGGUGGAGAAUCUGCAGCAUGAAAGUGCGGGCCUCAAGAAGCAGGUGCAGAAGGUGAAGGAACAGUUCCUUCAGCAGAAGGUGAUGGUGGAGGCCUACCGCCGAGAUGCCAGCUCCAAGGACCAGUUGAUCAGCGAACUGAAAGCUACGAAGAAGAGGCUGGACUCUGAAAUGAAGGAACUGAAGCGUGAGCUCCUGCAGCUCCAGGGAGAGAAAAAGUCGGUGGAGGUGGAAAAAUCACGGCUGGAGAAGGAAGUGUCUGAGGUUCAGCAGCAGAUGGAAGAGCUGGAAAGCCACCUGCAAGCUGCACAGAGAGAACGAGACGACAUGGAAGCCCAGCUGCAGUCUCUGCAAUUUGAUAGAGAGCAAAUGGAUGCUCUUGCCAAGAUGAACGAAGCACUGAAGCAGCAGGUGGAUGAGAUGCAACAGGAAGCUAAAAUGGCCAUAACUGAGCAGAAGCACAAAAUGAAGCGACUGGGGUCAGAUCUCAGCACGGCACAGAAGGAGAUGAAAGCAAAGCACAAAGCCUACGAGAAUGCUGUCGGGAUCCUGAGUCGGCGGCUGCAGGAAGCCCUCGCUGCAAAGGAAACAUCAGAAGCAGAGCUGAGCAAACUGAAGGCACAGAUCUCCGAUGGAGAGCACAGCCAGGCAGACCAAGAAAGAAUUCGGGCUCUGGAGGUAGAAUUGCAAACUCUUGGCCACAGCAAGAUGGUACUAGAAAAGGAACUGCAAGAAAUUAUCUCAGUCACCAGUCAGGAGUUGGAAGAUUACAGAGAAAAAGUCCUUGAACUCGAAGAUGAGCUUCAAGAAUCAAGGGGCUUCCGAAAGAAGAUAAAACGUCUGGAAGAAAUAAACAAGAAGCUGUCACUUGAACUUGAGCACGAACGGGGGAAACUUACAGGUCUCGGCCAAUCCAAUGCGGCUCUACGGGAGCACAAUCGCAUCCUCGAGGCAGCGCUGGCCAAAAGGGAGGCAGAUCUCGUGCAGCUGAAUCUUCAGGUCCAAGCAGUUCUGAAGCGCAAAGAAGAAGAGGAUCAGCAAAUGAAGCAACUUGUUCAAGCCUUGCAGAUGGCCCUAGAAAAAGAGAAGACAAAAGUGAAUGACCUUAAAGAACAGGUCGCAACUGUCAAAGCAGAGGCAGCCCACAAUCGCCGUCAUUACAAAGCAGCUGCCCUUGAGCUCAGCGAGGUGAAGCGAGAGCUGCAGGCCAAAGGACCAAAGCAGCUCAUCGAAAGUCUUCAGGCCGAAGUGGACAAGCUUCAGGCCGAUAACGGGAAGCAUUCCGAAGAAGCGUCCCAGUUCCAACAAGAGCUGGCAGAAGCCAGAGCCCAGCUUCAACUCCUGCGGAAGCAGUUGGAUGAGCAGCUCAGCAAGCAGCCUGUGGAAAAUCAAGAGAUUGAAGACCUGAAGUGGGAGGUAGAUCAGAAGGAGAGAGAAGUCCAGGCCCUAAAGCAGCAGCUGGACCUGACGGAGCAGCGCAGCCACAAAGAGCUGGAAGGCAUACAGUCUGUUUUGCAGGUAUCGAAGACAGAGUUGGAGAUGGUUAGAGGCGAUCAAUCAUUGACUCAGAAGGACAAGGAUCAUAGCCUUCAGGCAAAAGUGACCGAACUGAAGAACAGCAUGAAGACACUCCUCCAGCAGAACCAGCAGCUGAAGCUGGACUUGAAACACGGGAGGACCAAGAAGAGGAAAGAACUGAAGGGAGAGGCAAAUUCUUCCCAUCCUGCGACUCCGGUGAAGAUUCCCGACUGCCCUGUCCCUGCAGCUUUGCUGGAAGAGCUGUUGAAGCCUCCAGCAGCUGUGAGUAAAGAGCCUUUGAAAAAUCUCAACAGCUGCCUCCAGCAACUCAAGCAGGAGAUGGAUAGCCUCCAACGUCAAAUGGAGGAGCACACAAUCACAGUACACGAAUCAAUGUCUUCAUGGACACAGAUAGAAGGGCAGUUAACGGACCUUACUACAUCCUUCCCUGCCUCUGCCUCAGGGAACCAGGAACUUCCCAAUAGAGGUCUAAAGGUGCAUAAUCACAGUGCUGGUGGGAAAGAAGGGAUAAUGCAGUGACCUCAGUCCUCCUUGCUUCACUUCAUCACUGUUCUAGAUAUGUAAAAAGUCUUUAUCGAUGCAUUUUGUUAAAAAACUGACUUUCGAGUUCUCCAUCUUUCCUUUUAGUAACAGAGAAAUGAAAAUAGGCAAAAUGCUAAUUGAAGUCAGAACUUUGCUAAUCUUUCCUUAAAUCCAUCGACCCUUUCUGGAGAGAGUCAUACUUUGGUAGAGAACUGACUUCAGUGCGUCCAGAAGUUUCCAAGAGAAUUGUUUUCUCUUGCUCCUUGUCACCCUCGUCUCUAUAAUGAACAGAAACCAAAUUUGGUUGCAAAGUGAAUUGGCUUUUAUGCCAGUAGGUUUUUUCAGAGGUUACACCCACACGUAUCAGGAGUGCAUAUGACCUGCGAUCCUCCAUAUAUGCUCAAAAAAGCCAGCGGUUGGUUUUCAUGCACUAAAGACGUUUGCACUUGCAAAAUAUGCACAGUGCUCCAGUCAGACAACAUGAUGACUGCACGUAUUGGGAAAAUCCAUACGUGAUUGCUCUCCAUAUGCAUGGAUGUAACAUCUGAAAAGGACUAUUUUUUUGUGCUAGCAGAUGUCAUCCAUAGUGACUUAGUCUGGUCCAGAUUUUGGAAUAUGAGUCAGGUGGUGACUUCUGAUGUUUGGCUUCAAACCAGUCUUUGUCAACAGAGAGACCCUUGGUUCAUUGCAUUAACAGUAGCAGCUGAUCAAUAUGAAGCAUAUCUCUUUUGUAACCAUGAAUCUCAAGGUAACAUGCUCUGAAGUAGCUCCCUUGCAUCAACUGGGUCUGUUUCAGACUAAAUGGCUUUAGUAUCCACACCCAAAAGCCAGUAGAGAGCUUUGUUUUACUUUGGCAGAUUUAUUUGCACUUUUGCGGGGUAGUGGGUGGGGAUUAGGUAGAAGACAACUCCAGCGACAGGGCCCAUAUAAAUACAUAACCCUGUUCUAGCCUGGAGUAUGUUUUAAGAGGCUUAUAUAUUGCUGGUGACAAAUUGCCAGGGUUUGAGGUUUUGUUGUUACUUCUAAUGUAAUUACAUCUUUUAGUUCGGUGUUUGGAAAAUAUUGUAUAUAAGGGACUCAGGAAAGCUAACCCUAAAAUCAAAGCUUUUUAGCAGUGUAAUUAAUUCAUUUAUAGAAUCUUUCAAAGACGAAUGUUAUAUAUUGCCUAUACACCUCUGUUUGUUAGCUUUAACUCCCCUGAUUAGGAGCUUGAUGCUCACGUAGCCUUCUUUGCGGACAAGCCUGCUGAUCUAACAUUAGCAAGCUGAAGCCAAAAUGAAGCAACAUGCCUUAGACCUUUCUUCCAUCCCUGCCCCAUAGCUGAUGAUGCAAAAACUUCCAACUCACUAGAUUCUGAAGCAAACAGACUUUGCUUGCUUCGCACUUUGAACUGCACUCUAGGAUGUGCUAGGAAAAAUUCCAGCUAGGAGAAUGAAUGGGGAUGUAGGAUUUACCAUGAUAGAUGCUGAAAAGGUGCGGAAGUGUAGGCUGUAACAUGCAGUUCACUGACCCUUUAAUAUUUGGAUCACUCCUUUCUUCAUCAUGCAAAGCAACCAUGGGUAUGUUGUACAACAUGUUAUGAUGAAGGCCCUGGCCACACCGCUCCUGUUUUCAGCAGCAGUCACGUGUGCAUUGCCAUGUUCCGUUCCAGGUUUGCUAUAGGGCAGAUCUAUUCAGAGUAAACAUGACAAAUCUAGAGGAAGUUGCUUAAGGAUUUCUGCCACUGAAAAUGGCCCAAUCUGCAGAUCUCUGUUUUUAAUCAAAUUUCUCAAAGACAGGUAUGUUUUUGGGAGGAUAAGAUUGCCUUUACUGUGCUGUCCUAAGCAAAGUUACACCAUUUUAAGCCCAUUGACUUCAUUGGAUGUCACUGCUUGGGUGGCCCUUUUAAUGUGGAGGUGUUUCAGAUAAUUCUGUUCACCUGACAGAAUCCGCUUCUGCAGCAAUGCUAUAGCGUUGGCCCAAUUCUAACUUUCCUUCGAGGACAGGAAGCUAUAUAAUGUGUUCCAUUUUACUUUUUAAAAACUGACCGAUUCUCUGACUUCUUCUCCCCCCCCACCCCACUUGUGUUUUAAACACGUUGAACGGUUUGCUGUUGAAAAUGACUGGCUUUUUGAAAGUCCAGUAAGAUGUUUUAAUUUGUGCUUCUAAUAUAUGAAGGAAAGGUACUCGUUUAAAUGUAAAGUACAUUUUUUUUGCAUUUGUGGGGAAGGAUACUUUGUGGACGUUGAUGUAAGCUAUUUUGAAAGACUAAUCAACUUAUCAAGAUGGAAAAAAACCCUAAAAGCUUUAUUGACUGAUCCAGAUAAACUGAAGGCUUAUACUACUAAAGUCUGUUUUACAGAGUAAAUAGUAAUGUGUGAUUUCUUUUCUUGCUGCUGUCCUCCACCUUUUAGAAGCUUACAUACCUGGUAAUUUUUAAAAAAGGAAAAAUAUAAUAGUGUUUAAACACCAAAGUUAAUAAUCUGUAAUGGUUUAAUAUAUAUCCAACUCCAGAAUCUGCACCAAUGAGAUUUUCAUGUUGCUUCUUAGCACACUGUAUUAUUUACCGGAAGAACCUAGUAUAUGUGUGUGUGUGUAUAUAUAUAUAUAUGUAUUAAUAUUCAGUUGGGUACCUUGAGUGCCCAUAAAGAAUUUAUUGAGCUUACAAGAAGCAUUCACAGUUGCUGAACACAUUUCCAGAAUACUGAAUGAGUUCUCUGAAUGAGUUCUAGGGAAUUAGUCAAACCAGUUUUUCAAGGUUUCACCAAUUCCUGACCAGCUUGUUAAAAGAAGCCAGACUGUGUAUUUAUCAAGCAGUGUAGCCUUAAGCCCAUGUUUUCCUUCUUGGAGGGAAAACAGCACAUUAUGUUGUAUUUUAGCUGAAGGAAGUCUCCUUUUUAUUUACCCAACCCUUUGCAAGACCGCAUUCUCUCCUAGUUACAUCUGCCAUUUGACCAUUGUGGUAGCAAAACUUACACAUCUAAGACUGGACCCAAAGUUGUCCAAGCAUAACGCACUUCUGCUCACUCGAGGUGCCUGUGGGUUUCUACAGAUUUCCCUCCUGCCCAUCUGCUUCCUCAAACUACAUCCCUUGAUAAUCCCAAGCAUCCUGCACCUGUUAGAUGGCGGCUUUUCUGGUGGCAUAAAAAGGUUUAGAAGCCAGGCAGAGGGCGUGGAUGGACAGAUCAGUUCCAUGACCAGCAUGCCGAAUUACCCUUCUGUAGAUCCAGCCCUUAAGCUUAGAAAAAUACAAUGCGUCCUUCCAAAUGGCUGUGGUAGCCCACAAAGUUAAGGAAAUGAAGUUCAUUGUUGAUCUGUCCUUCUUUCUCUGGAGCCCUGUACUCUCUCCAUAACUUACAUCUGAGAAGAAGGUUCCUUCUGCAAUCUCAGAUUUCUUAGGUAGAUCUCUACCAAGUAACUGAGUCGGGCCUCAGUUAAAAUUUCAGGCUUUGAGAAAUCAGAGGACUAAUCCCUCAUAGGACCCGUUCUGCAAAUGGAUAUAUAUAUAUAUUUUUGGAAGGCACUUCCCAUGUCAAUUGAUUCUUUGUGGUGAAUACUUCUCAACUGCCUUUCUAAUGGUAAAAAGAGAUGGCACAGGGAGGGGGCAGGAGGACAGACAGUUGCUAUCUGUGUCUUGCAGUGUGGUUAAAAGAUGAAGCAAACGUCAGUACUGUCUUGUGAAUUUUGACAGCGGGUUUGAGAGCGUUCUUCAAGUGUCUGCUAGUGUUGGAUAAAAAAACUGUUUGAGCAGAUGUUUCUAUAUGUUGCGUAUCCCAUCUUCUGCAGUAUGUUGUAUGGUAACUUGAGUGGCUUCCAAGUUAUUUGGUAACUUUUUCAUCCUGGUUACUCAUUUCUUUCCCUGGUAUAUAGUUGGACACAUCCUACACUUAAGCAAUAUCCCCCCCCCCCUUUUAUCAGGAAAAAAAUCUCAUAUCUGAGAAAUCAGGAUAGUUUCUAGAGUGACAUCUGCGUGCUGAUAUAUUAAGUAUCAUUGCUAUAAUCUAUGAACUGUGAAAGGGAACAUUAAGGUUAGUUAGAUAUCUUUCCCUUUUUAAACCAAAACAUGACAAAUUGUAUUUUUGGCAUGACAGAUGAGCCAAAUUUAGAUAGUGAAUUCCCUGCCACAUCAUUUUUUAUAAUAUAUUUUAUGGACACACUUUUUUUCUCCAAAACUUCAUCUGCCUCCAGUCUUGCCUUGAGUAGACCUAUGUAAAUUUCUUGGAAACAACUUCUAAAUGUUAUCAUGCAAAUACUGUCUCGUUGUUCAUGUUUUCAACCAGUUGCUGAGUUACAUUGUAUUGGUUAGGGAGGGGGAAAAAAAUCACCUCUGUAACUGUUUUCAUUGGGAGACCCAACUGUGAGAGAAUAGUUAAAGUUGUGUUUGACUCUGGAUUAAUGAUUGUGACCUUUAAAAGCAUGUUAAUUUAAAAAGGAUUAAGAUGUGCAUAAACAUCCUUGGAAGGUUUUGUGCAAUAAACUAUUUUUCAUAAA